UCGCAUAAAUUAGCUGAAACCAACGGUGAUGAUAACCUAACCUCAUAUUCCCAUUUCCCAAUCUCUCAAUCUCAGUCGUCGUCUCCUUCCCCAUUUCUCCACCCUCCGAUCCUUCUCUCGCGCCCAAAAUACAAAUUCCACAAAUCCCCUCACACUAACAGGGUUUUUGGAUCGAAUGGCGGACGGACAGUCGUCGCAGGGAGCUCCCGGGAGCCCCGCCGGCGGCAGCCAUGAAAGCGGAGGCGACCAGAGUCCGCGCUCCGGCGUACGAGAGCAGGAUAGGUUUUUGCCGAUUGCGAAUAUUAGCCGGAUCAUGAAGAAGGCGCUUCCUGCUAAUGGGAAGAUUGCCAAGGAUGCGAAGGAGACGGUACAGGAAUGCGUUUCGGAGUUCAUUAGCUUCAUCACUAGCGAGGCAAGUGAUAAGUGCCAAAGAGAGAAAAGAAAGACAAUCAACGGGGAUGAUUUGCUAUGGGCUAUGGCUACUUUAGGUUUUGAAGAUUACAUUGAUCCUCUUAAGGUGUACCUCACUAGGUACAGAGAGAUGGAGGGUGAUACCAAGGGAUCAGCCAAGGGUGCAGAUGGAUCUGGAAGGAAGGAUGGAUUACAACAACCAAUUCCUAAUUCACAGCAUCCACAGCUGGUUCACCAGGGUUCUUUUUCACAAGGCAUGAAUUAUGGAAAUGCUCAGCAACAAGCUCAACACAUGAUGGUGCCAAUGCCAGGCAUGGAUUAGAAUGGGCUCAUCUUUGACCAAUGCCACUCCUUCAUCCUUUUAGAGAGAUCAGCAGAGCUCAAAAUGCAUUUCACUUCGACUGUAAAACUUUGUCUCAUGAUUUUUUUUUUUCUUUUUGUGCUCGUGUAUGUCUGAGCUAUAAUGUAGUUCCAGUAAAAAGGUUGUAAAUUUGGGAGUCUUUCUGGGUACAGACAAUAAUGUCGGGCAAGAUUGGUAACUUAUUGUUCACGUUAAAUUUCAUCAUAAUAUUAUUAUUA